AAUGGAAAAUGAUUAGGGUUUUGCUUCUUGGAGCAAAAUGCCUGUCCUUCGCAUCGCCAAAGCCAAGCGAACCCUCCAUCGAUGAGCACGAAUGAUCUCGCUCUUGUUGUUGCAUCAUUCAUUCAAUUGUUGUAUGCAUACCGUAGCUAUGCACUAUUGACACUCCACUUCUUCUUCUUGUUUGGGUCUACACUGUACUAGCUAGUAGUUGUUAUCAUAUCUUCUGUAUAGAUUGCCAUUAGCUAAAGCAGUCAAUUGAUCAUGAACAACUCGAGCAACAACAUCUCCUACGAUUCGUCCCUACUGGACAGCAUACUAUCGUCUAACAAUAACGAUACCACUAUUACUACAUUCCCCACGGUUCCUCCUCUGACAACAGAAGACGACACGGGAGAAAAAGACAUUGCGUCCAUCUUGGCCAUCCUAUCGGUGGUCUUUUUGUGGUGUUUGGCCGUUUGUGUCAAGACGAAAUGUUGUGGACGAUGCAGCCGGGGCAACUCGUAUGCCAGUCAAGUCUGGGAGGCCAUGUCCCAAGAAGAACGAGAUCGAUUCCUGGCGGCCGCACGACAACCACAACACACUACGAGUAGUAGUAUUGUCACAACGUCGGACGAUCUGCAGUUGGCACGACGGGAAUGGGAACAAAAAGCCGCCAUGCGCAGUGAAUUUGUCGAUCAUCAUUUGCCAAUCAACAUCAAUAACAAUGAUGAUAGCGACAACGACAAAAAUAACAAUAACGACGGAAUCAAGACGAGACUCUCCUACGAUGACGAGGAAGAGGACAAUGAGAUUCACACGACGCCAUCGAACAGUUGGACCUGUGCCAUUUGUUUGACGGCCGAAGACGAAGGAACCGAACCAGAUGCCUGUUCCAAAGAUUGGCACAGGGUUCAGUCCACAUCCCAUCUGUGUCAUCACAAAUUCCAUCGACACUGUAUUGCCGGAUGGCUCCUAUGGAAUACCGAUUGUCCCAUUUGUCGGAGGGUCUUUUUGCAACAAGAUCAAAGGCACAGUCAACUACAACAAGACAGUGCUACAACAGCGACUACUUCGACGACCAUUAUUGGGAUGAAUGCAAGUAGUAGCAGUCAUUCCUCCUCCUGUGAGUAUGCACCACCCGUCGUCUCACGAUUGACCGUGGGGGACAGCCGUGUACGAAUUAGGGUCGUGCCAUCUUCCUCCCUACAGCAACAGCAGCCGCCGCAGUAUGUAGCGGCGGCAACCCAAGAUCAAGUCAACGAGACACCGUCACCACAACGAGCAACACGACAACAACAACAACAACCUGCACCACCCAUUAUACCAACAACACCAGAACAACAAUUAGAAGAGGGGCUUCAUGGUGAGCUUUCGGGACAGCCAAAACAACAAGGCCAGAGUCCAGAACAACUUCAGCAUGCAUGAAUUAGGGUGUGUUCAAUCAUUCUGCCUCAUGGAGGCAUGCAAUCCAGCGCAAAUGGCAUGCCAUGUAUUGAUUCGAACACUUACUUGUCAUCGGACUGCCUUCUUGGCACAUCCACUAUAGGGCAAUCCAGCUUUGGCAUGGUGAGAGGCCUCUCGGGGCUAACCAAUCAUAUCAUACCGUAGAUUGGACCAUUCAUUACUGAUUGUCUG